AUGGCGGACGCAGACGAGGACCUCAUUCACGCCCCUGCGAAUGCCUCUGCACAGCCCGAGGUCGACCUGUCCGAUGAGACGCAAGACUUCCGCUUCUUGAACCAUUUAAAUUUCUUUGCCGAUUCAUCUCCCGGUAUCCCGCGCCGCGGCGAGAAGGACUUUGAGCCUAAUCCGACAGAACUUCAAGCCGAUGUGCUCUCCGCUUCGCGAGGUGCUAUGCACAAUGCGCUCUCAUACCCCCGUCUCCACGGUGCCAAAACUCGUGUCAUAGCUUUCUACGCACCCGACGGGUAUGUUCCACCAGCUCAACCCGGUCGCGCGAAACCGAAAGCUGGCGGAGAGGACGGAAAGGAAGACGGAAAGAGCUCGGAGUCUACACCCAAACCCGCCAGGCCUUUGCCCAAUUCCGCCAGGAUAUCCCCCGACGCAUGUGUCUACGUGCCCAGCCCGAAGGGACAGUUCUUCAAGACAAUGGGGCAGGCAGACUCGUCGAGCCGUGUUUGGCUGUUGCCAGAGGAAGCCUUAUAUCUUAUUGAGCGAGGAAGUCUAGAUAUUAGAUGGCCCAGCCCAUCUGCGUCCGCUGCCGGUCCAGGAGAAGAAGACCUGUCCGUCCCGAUGAGCCUGCAGGCUGCAUAUACAUGCUUCAUGGGCCGCGGUGGUCUGACCCUUGAACGGUACUCCGUUUAUACUGGUCUCAAGCGUCUGGGCUAUGCGCUCUUUCGAGCUCCUGGAUGGUGCGACGACAUGGAGCAGCAAGAUGCGGCUGUUUCAGAUGCUAGCGAACUAACGUCACCGGAGCUUCAUGGCCCCGGCUUGGCUGGUAUGCUUGGGUCACUUUUCAACUGGAUCCAUGACCCUCGCUCGACGGCCUCUACGGCAACUGGCCCUAUCAUCGGCACCGGCAUUCACCGUCAUUACAUGGAUGUAUACCGCAAGCUCGCCAUCAUCCCCUGGUAUGACCCAGUCACCGCGCCCGAAAGACACCCCUCUGAUACUACACCACCCUUCCGCGUCGUGUUCCACAUCUACAAGCCCUCAACCCCCCUCAAAAAGUCCGCACUUCCAACUCCAGACUUCCGCAUCGCGGUCGUCAGCACACGCGACCAAACGACCAUGCCCACUAUGACAGAGCUCGGUGCUUUGCUCGAAAGCACACCACUUGAUCCCCCGCGUGGGGAGAAAAUGGACCGUAUGAUGUACAUGAGACUGCGACACGGAUACCGCAAUGUCGUCAUGGCUGUCGUUGAUCAGGGUGUGGUUAGUUACUUGCGAAUUGCUGAUUCGGCGUUCGGGAAGGAGAAGCUUUAUGAGAACAAAGGUGGACCUCAGGGUCCUAAGCGGAAUCGUACAAAUCAGAAGCCGAGGAAACGUUAA